AUGCGUGGAUCUCUUUCGGGGUUCAAUAGCCCUCGAGGAUAUGGUAAAGAUCCCACACUCAAGAAUAAUAUUCUGCCGUUUGAACAGAACUUUAUGAAAGAAUACAGGGCUAUUCAUCAGCAAAAUGACGAAAAAUCGAAAGUCAACUUGGAAUCACUUCCGUUUGAAUUAAGGUUGAAGAUAAGCAAUGAGCUAUCCCAAAUCGAUUGCUUAAACUUGAUGAAAACAAGCAAAACUAUGUAUUAUUCCACGGUGAUACGAUUGUAUCAGAAUAUAGUAAUUGACGAGAGCUUCAGUCAAUUUAGCAAAGAAUACAAAUUCAUAGAUUUUGAUGCUUCUCUCGAACUUUCUUGCAGCUAUAUCAAAAGCACAUUUGGUUUCAAAAGGUUCUUAGCAAGUUACAUUCAAUUGUACGACUCAAGGUGCCAUAAUAUUUACGUGAACUCUAAUGAGACAUUUGAUAUCACUUUUCCUUUCAUUCAGAAGAUCCAGUGUGUCGAGUUGCCCGAUUCAUUGAAUACUUUUGACUACGAAUUGAACGAUAACAUGCUAGAGUUUUUUUCACGAUUACCGUGUCUAAAGGAGCUCAUUUGGCUAAAUGAUAACUUUAGAGUUGAAUAUCUAGAGAGAUUACCAAAUAAGCAAAGUAUCGUAUCCUUAAAUUUAAAUUUAACUUUCAGUAACUACUUGAAUGAAUUGAGUUCUUCGUUUGACUCAUAUUUGCCAGAUGAAGUCGAGGUAGAUAAGCUAAAAGCGCUUAAUUUUCCCAACUUGGUUCACUUCCAAAUCCGCCCUUACCAAAAUUCGAAGAGGUUGACUCGAAUAAUAAAUGGUUUAUUGGUCGGAGAUAAUCCUCAGAAAGUUAGCAAGCAAUUGAAAAGCUUAAAGCUAGCAAGAUUUCAUAAAGAUAUGGAUGCUUUAAUUCCACCGUGUAGGGAUUUGAUUGCAUCAAAUAAUAGCGAUGUUUUGAAUGAUAUUGAUUUGAACACUGUAAAUUCUAUUUUCAAAAUAUCAAAGUUGAACUACUUGUCAACCUUGACCACGCUUCUGUUCAAUAAUUGCUUAUUAAAUCCAGCUGACUCCAAAACAUUGAUUUCUUCAAUGAAUUUGACUAACUUAACUUCACUCGAAUUGAAAAAUAUAUCAGAAUAUCAAAGAAUUGACUCUGAUGUUGGUUCAAAUCACGUAAGGGAUCUUCUCGAACCAAGUUUUUUAAUUCAAAUAGCUCCUCAUUUAACGAAUGUCGAACAUUUAUUGAUUGACUAUAGAGAAGCUUUUGUUGAUUCAGUGCCCUCCUUUUUAAGUUCUAUUCCUACUAAAAAAUUGGAGUCUUUGGACUUAAUUGUUAAAUUAAAUGAAACCAAAUCGCAAUAUUAUUCAGACUUAGAUGAAAUUUAUAAAGCGUAUGCAUACGCGAUGUCAACAGGUAACAAGCAUAAGACUUUAAAGAAGUUAUCAAUUGAGGUUAAAGAAGAAAAUCCUUUCUGUGACAUUGACAUGCCCUUAGAAUCAGACCUGCUUUAUUUAGAACUAUCGAAGUUUACCCAAUUAACAAGCUUACGCGUGAACCCAGGUGAAUUUCCAUAUGAAUUGAUAUCAUUGAUAAAACACUUACCUCUUUUAACUACUUUGGAUGUGUUUGGGGCCAAAGCCGGUGGUUGCCCCAAUUUAGGAUUAGGCAUGGUUCACCCCAACAUAUAUGACGAAUGGUUUAAGGUGCAGCAUGUUGCCAUGCUAUAUUUACAACACAAGCCCGAACUAAAAUAUAUCCGUAUCAAUCGCUAUAUUUUCGAAGGUUCUCCUGAUACACUUGAAGUUAACCCUCGAGAUGGUAUUGACAGAUGGUUCAAUAGAACCGUCAGAGUUGGGUGGCCAUAG